AUGGAAAACCUGAUGCUUGUCUACCGCUCCUGUAAAGUUAUCUGGACCUUACUUGUGACAAUAUUAGGUUAUGCCAGCAGCUUGCCUGUGGGUGACGAUUCUAUUUGCACAGCAGAGGAACUUGCUAAGUACAGCAUAAUCUUCACAGGGAAAUGGAGUCAGACUGCUUUCCCUAAGCAGUACCCGCUCUACAGGCCCCCAGCACAGUGGUCGUCAAUGCUAGGUGUUACUCAUAGUUCUGACUACAGCAUGUGGAAAAAAAAUGAAUAUGCCAGCAAUGGUGUACGUGAUUUUGCUGAAAAGGGUGAAGCAUGGGUAUUAAUGAAAGAAAUAGAAGAAGCUGGAGAGAAAAUUCAGAGUGUACAUGGAAUCUUCUCUGCUCCUGCCAUUUCCAGUGGUACAGGACAAACCUCCACUGAAUUAGAAGCGCAUUCAAGACAUCCUUUAGUUUCAUUUGUUGUACGAAUUGUUCCAAGCCCCGACUGGUUUGUGGGUAUUGACAGCCUAAAUCUCUGCGAAGGAGACCACUGGAUGGAAGAAGUAUCGGUUGAUCUGUUUCCAUAUGACGCUGGAACUGAUAGUGGGUUCACGUUUUCCUCCCCAAACUUUGCCACUAUUCCACAGGACACAGUUACAGAGAUCACUUGUUCCUCUCCAAGUCACCCAGCAAACUCAUUUUACUAUCCCAAACUCAAAAAUUUACCACCUAUUGCUCAGGUAACAAUGGUCAAAAUAAAGAAAAACCAACUGGGUCUUUCUGCACCUUAUGUUAAUCCUCCAGCUAAAAGUAAUGAAGUAAUAGACUCUAUCUCAGAAACACCACUGGACUGUGAGGUUUCACAAUGGUCUUCCUGGGGUCUCUGUAGAGGUGUUUGCAGAAAAACAGGGACCAAGAUCAGAACUCGCUUUGUUCUUCUUCAACCUGCCAAUAACGGAAUGCCGUGUCCAAAUCUGGAUGAAGAAACAGGAUGUGAACCAGAGAAUUGUGUCUGAAACAAAGAAAAGAUAAUUUAGUUAAUUUAAAAGUACAAUACGUUUAACUAAAUCUAAACUACAUGUCAGUCGAUGUUCCUUAUAAAUCCGGUAUAUUGCACUAUUUUGCUGAAAAGGUAUAUUAGACUG